AUGGCGGAAUCCUUGGCAACGGCGGCGGGGCAGGCGACGCAGGCCGCCGAAGAGGCCGCAGACACCCAGGUAGCCUUGACAGCGUCCGGGGCUUUGGACCUGGAAUUUGCGACCACGAUGCAGAGAGUAGAAGCUGCGCUAGCCAGCGCUCCUCGCCACAUGCGCAUCCGUGGUGAGCAGUGGGCACAGAGGUUGCAGCUAAUGGUGAAUGUGAAGCAAGCACUGUUUCAGAAAGACCGGAACCUGCACGCGGAUCUCUUGCUGAAGUGUAUACAAGAGGGCAGCUGGACCGAACCCAUGGACAAGCAUCCUCCAGAGGGACCUUUGCCAUGUCUACCGCGCUACGUCGCCUGCUCUUUGCGCCGGGCGCGAGCUGAACGCAUCGCCAGGGCAAAGCCCGAAGCUAUUACCCUCAAGGCAGAUGGUUGCAAUCCGCUGCAAGGGAGCUUGGCCAGUGCCGCCACAGCUGCCAUGGGAAAGCCCGAGGCGCACGUAGCGAGCUCAGGCCCGAUGCAGGUCUCUGUGGCCGCCCCGCCGGCAUAUGCGGCCCUGGCAGCUCGCGUCGCGCACCUGGAGCUUCAGAACAAGCAGCUGCGCAAGCAGCUGCUGGAGGCCAGGAAGCGCUCCGAGCGCUCCGCCUCGCCGGCAGCAUGCCGCAGCGUGGCAGCCCGGCCGCACACUCCACGCGGUGCCUUCACAGCUGUUCCGCCAGAAGCUCCUGCUGUUGGUUUUGCUGCUGCUGUCACUGCUCCGGCUCCAUCGGAGACAGGCGCAGCGCCCGUGGUCCCCGCCGCAAACGUGCCGGCUCGCUUGCAACCAGCUCCAACUGCUCCCAGCCUAGAAAAGCCGGUCACUGCAUCUCACCCAAUGCCCGAGAUUCAUGCUGGAGUGUCUGAGCCCUUCCAGCAUGGCCUUUGUAUUUCGGAGUUUUGUAUGACAGAAAUCUCAUUGAAGCUUCACGAGCUCAAAGCUGUCCUCAAGCUUUAA